UUUCCCACCAGAGCGCGUGAGGCGCGCCAGACGCACGGAGCUCAUCCUCUCAGCCGCUGACACACAGAGACAUGCAGUGGUGACCCGCGCGCUGCUGGGGGUUACACACUGGUAGUAGUUAAGGAAAACCAAAACAGAACGGAAAAGAAGAGAAUAGACGUUUUCCCUCCACAAUGACGGCUAAAACUUUGGAGAAAGUGCCGGUGAAUCUCGGAGGGUUCGUCCAUCCCGAGAGCGUGUACUCGGUGGAGGACUUAGGCUCCAGCCUGCCGACCUCUGUGGCGAUCUUCCCCAACAGCGACGUGGGAGCUCAUUACGACCAGAUCAAUGUAGCAGAUGGUCUGAUGAGCGCAGAUAUGAGUGUGGAGAAGCGCUCUCUGGAGCUCUCCUCUUACUCCGGCGGCUUCUCUCAGCCCGCAGCCCACCGCAACCAGACCUUCACCUACAUGGGAAAGUUCUCCAUCGACUCCCAGUAUCCAGGUAACUGGAACCCCGAGGGAGUCAUCAACAUUGUCUCGGGCAUCUUCAACGUGGCCCAGCCGCCUCCUCCUCCUCCUCCCUCCUCUUCAGCGUCCUCCUCCCCGGCAUCCUCAGGUUCUCCCAAUCACUUCUCCGGCGGAAAUUUGAGUUGCACCAUGGCGGCGCAGAACCAGCCAGAGGUAGACCACCACCACCACCACCUGUACUCCCCUCCGCCUCCUUACUCCUCCUCUGGCUGCGGGGAGGUGUACCAGGACCCCUCUGCCUUUCUGUCCACCUCCACCUGCCCCAUCGCCUCCUACCCGCCGCCCUCCUACUCCUCUCCCAAGCAGCCCGGCAGCGCAGAUGCGCCGGGGCUCUUCCCCAUCAUUCCCGACUACUCUGGCUUCUUCCAGCCCGCCUGCCAGCGGGACAUGCACGCGGGAGGGAUCCAGGACCGGAAACCGUUUGGUCCAUGUCCGCUCGAUACAUUCCGUGUCCCUCCGCCCCUGACCCCGCUCAACACUAUCAGGAACUUUACGCUGGGAGGUCCGGGCGGCGGAAGCUCCGAGGGAGGGCCGAGGCUCCCCUCAGCCUAUAGCCCCCAGAACCUGCCCCUGAGGCCGAUCCUGCGACCCAGGAAGUACCCCAACAGACCCAGCAAGACGCCCAUCCACGAGCGACCGUACCCGUGCCCGGCGGACGGCUGUGACCGGCGUUUCUCCCGCUCCGACGAACUCACAAGACACAUCCGGAUCCACACCGGACACAAGCCCUUCCAGUGCCGCAUCUGUAUGCGCAACUUCAGCCGCAGCGACCACCUUACCACGCACAUCCGCACGCACACGGGAGAGAAGCCGUUCGCGUGCGACUUCUGCGGCCGCAAAUUCGCCCGCAGCGACGAGAGGAAGCGACACACUAAAAUCCACCUGAGGCAGAAGGAACGGAAGUCCUCCACGGUGUCCUCCUCAUCCUCCUCCUCAUCCAGUAGCUCCGUAGUGGAGCGGCCGUCAGGCGCCAUCAGCGCAACUAGCGGGAUUUGUUCUUAGUUUUCCCGGGAAAACGUUGUUGUCACAACGGCAACGUGACGCACACUAAUCUCUGACAAGAAAAGAACUGAUAAAUAAUAAAACUGUUGUGAUCUGAAGAUAACAGCCAGGAUGGGAAACAAGAGCUUUUGUGCAGUUGUGCGCAAUUACGCACAUCCACCCAUUCCUGUUCUAUAACUGACAGAGAGACUGACACAAAUGCACUUUGCCUGUACAGUCUACUGAAAAUAAAAGUAAAUAUAGCCAUUAAUUCACGAGAAUACACAAGGGCGCUUGUAAUAUAAAGGGGAGUUUUUUUUUAUAUAUCGCAAACACAUACUGAGCGCGCAGCAGGAUGCGCGUGUAAAUGUGAAAUAACUGCAAUAACGUUUUGAAGCAAGAAAGCGGUUUUAAGUUAUUUAAUUGACAAAGUGUUGAUUCUAACAUGCUCGUUGAUUAUUCUGUUUCCCCUUUAGUGCCUUGCUGUGUGUCUUUUUGUACACUGACUGAUUCAAGGACGCUUCUAAUGCAAUGUACAUUUGUCCUUUAAUAUGUAAAGUUAGAAGACAUUCUAUUUUUGUACACAUUCUGUCUCGUGUAACUUCAAGUGUUAAGCGGUUGUGCUUUACGUGUAAAACAAAUGUUGGAGUGUAAAUAUGCGAAACUCAUACCAGUUUUGUCGUGACGUGUCUCUGAGACUUAUUAAA